GUGACAUUCGGCUGGUUCCUUUUCCAAGAAUUACAAACGGUUCAUUUUCAAGUAAUUCUGACUACAGAAAUGAUUUUCUGUAUGAUGACUUAAUGCUGUAUCCCUUUGCUGAGUUGGGGAGUCGCCUCGAAUCGAUUCCCGCGCCAGGAAUCAAGAAAAACCGGAGCCGCGCAUCACUAGUCAACGAACGCAGCGCGCGCUCGUACACGUUUCGGCGGGAAUAAAGCCUUUACUUUAAAGAGUUUACUUUACUUUAGCUAUAUAGUGUAGAUUACCUAUUUCUGGUAAUAUAUGGUUUCGUAAAUCCAGUUUUUGACUUUCAGCUCGAAUUAAAAAUCUCCUGGUCGAGUCCGGUCUCCAUGGAAACCCCCCCACCCCUCCUCAGAGCAAAGCGUCAUCUGAGUCAGCUGACUCUGCUCAUGUGAUCAGGAAGAACAACCGCCUCGACUCUAAACAGAUGCUGUCCGGGCUGUCGUGUCCAAGCUCAAGAUGACGAACACUGGUCAUCCAGCAGUUGUUUUUCUGGCACUUUGUGCACUGUUGAUACGUUGUGAUGCAAAAGUGUCCCUGAGUGCCCUGCAUACUGUUGAUUUGGAGGAGAAAUUCUCCAAAAAUAUCACCAUCACAGCAAGUUCUUACCUGAACACUACUGUAAACAUCUACUUUAAUAUUACAUACAAUUCCAAAAAUGACUCUUCCUCAAUUAUUCAUCUUCCAAAGGAGGUUGUUAUGCCAGCAAGAAGCACAUCAGCCACGUUUGAAGUUAAGGCAGAGAAUGUUGGUCAAGUGACUGCAUAUCUGUACAGCAACAACACUGACAUAGAAAGCAUGAAAACCCGAAUAAGAUUCUUGGUCGUCAGAAGCCGCGCUCUUGCUGUCAUCAACCAAAUUAUUGGCUGGAUCUACUUCCUAGCCUGGUCUAUUUCCUUCUAUCCUCAGGCAUAUGAGAACUGGAAAAGAAAGAGUGUGGUGGGCCUGAACUUCGAUUUCCUCGCUCUGAACCUCACUGGAUUUAUUGCCUACAGCGUCUUCAAUGUUGGCCUCUUUUGGAUACCUUACAUAAAGGAGGAAUUCUUGAAGAGCGAUCCAAAUGGAGUCAAUCCUGUGGACGCCAAUGAUGUGUUUUUCAGUGUGCAUGCGUUGGUCCUUACUCUCAUCUAUAUCUGCCAGUGUACGAUAUAUGAGAGAGGAGGACAGAAGGUGUCCAGAGUGGCCAUGAUUUUACUUGCACUUGCUUGGACCUUUGCCUUCGUCACACUCUUUGUUGCGGUUUUCCAGAAGAUCACAUGGCUGGAGUACCUGUACUAUUUCUCCUACAUUAAAUUAGGGGUCACACUGGUUAAGUACAUCCCCCAGGCUUACAUGAACUACCGGAGACAAAGCACAGAGGGCUGGAGCAUUGGAAAUGUGCUACUGGAUUUCACAGGAGGCAGUUUUAGCCUCCUUCAGAUGUUCCUGCAGUCAUAUAACAACGAUAAAUGGAAACUUAUAUUUGGAGACCCGACAAAGUUUGGAUUGGGCGUAUUCUCAAUAUUUUUUGAUGUUGUAUUCAUAAUUCAGCAUUAUUGCCUUUACCGCAGUAAAGCUCCAGAAUAUCAGAUAUUAGGUGAUGAAGAAUAGGCAAGUACACUAAUGUUCACAAGAGAUUGUGACCUCAGCUUUGUUAAAUUUCUGGAUAUUCUCAGUUACUGCGUUGCAGUGUUGCCUAGUGCCUAAACACGUCACCAACAGUGCACCUUUCUGAAGCUGUCCCUACAUAUGUCUUUGCAUUUGGUUUGAUUGGAUAAAAAGAAGCAAUGAAAGCUUUAUAAGAAAUGCUAACAUAUAAAAAUGUUGGGAUUCUGGGACAUUUUGUGGAAUGGAUUUCAUUUUUCCUGGACAGACAACCAAAAUCCAGGUCAAUUCAGGAAUAUCCUGGGUGAGUGGCAGCCCUACGUGAGAUCUAAUUCCUGUUUAGUGGAAAGUGCCUUACAGUAACAUGACCUUAUAGCUACCUCUCCUACUGUUCUCAAAAUGACACCAAGAACAUGUUUGUAACACCAUGGAAUAAUGCUUAUUUUAUAAGGUCUAUGUUUUUUACAAGCAACUUUUGAUACAUUUUAUGGAAAUAGUUUUUUCUAUAUUAAGUGAACUGUUAAAAAUAUUGAAGGUUGAUGUCAAUUAAAGGGACUAAAAUAA